AUGGCCGCGCGGGCACCGAGCCCGCGCCACAGCGCCCCCUGCCGCCGCGGGGCAAUCACCGCCAGCGCCCCUGCCGGCCGAGCCCGGAACUGCACCGCGGGGAAAGCGCUGCGGCCGGGAGAGGUUCCACCGACCGGCACUGCGUGGCCUCCUGCCAAAGCGCUCUCUGUGCAGUCGCUCCCGCCCAGGCUCCCCCAGCCUCCUCCUCGCCGCACCGCCCCUCGCUGCUUCCCGGCGCUGUUUGCCCAACAGAGCCAAAACCCUCCCAGGCCGACAUCGGCUGCAGCCUGCGGCGGCAGCGGCCGCGCCCGCGGUGUCCGGCCGGGAGCGGAGCGGGAGCGGCGGCGCCCGGAGCCCGGCGGCGGCUCCGGCCCAGGGUGCCAUCAGCGCGCCUGUGAAGCUGUUCCCGAGGCCGAGCUCCCGAAGGAUCUAUCAGCACUCCUAAUGUCUAGGGAGCAAGGUGCUGUUUAUUCCAGGAAGAGAGAUGCCGGCUGUGAGCUGGAGGAGAGUGAAUUGUGCUCCAUUGGUGGAGUUGUGAAUGAGGCCCUGGACAAGAGGUCAGAAACAGGGAAUACAUGCAGAAGAUCGCUGGGUCAAUGGAUCAGGAGCCAUCCCGUGGGCACGGUGGUGCUGAUUCUGCUGCUCCUGGUGCUGCUGCUGGCUUUGGGGGUGGCCUUGGCUGUGCAGUCAGCAGCAGCAGCAGCAGCACAGGUUCCAGUCACACCUGUGACUCCGCUGUUGGUUCUGGGCUGUCCCCGCUUAAUUUCAAAAUUAUAA